AUGCUACUGCAAACAUCCGUCAUAAUUCUUUCUAACUAUCUCAAUUCUUUCCAUUCCAGAGAACUCAUCCACCGGGACAUCAAGCUGGACAACGUCCUCGUUUUCCGGUCGGACUUUGCCCGCAUCAAACUGUGCGACUUUGGCGAGUCACGUCGUGUCGGGGAGGAAGUUCUCCGGCGAAACGAAUGGCUUCCGUACAGCCCACCGGAGGUCCUAACGGUGAAAACUGAUGAUAAAUACAAGACUGAUACUGCACACGACGUUUGGCAAUUUGGUAUUGUAUGUUUCGUAUGCCUGACGGGAUGUCUGCCGUGGCAGAAGGCAUCGGUGGAUGACCCCAGGUUCUACAGGUUUCAACAGUGGCACAAUGCAACGCUCACAUUUCCAAUGAAACGCUGCCCGAAGCUAUUCAAACUGCUCUCGGCAAGAGCGUGCAAAAUUUUCAAGAAAUUCCUCGAUCCCCGACCGGACCGGAGGCUGAAGACGCUGAGCGAUGUGCAGAAGUACUUGGACGACCGAUGGCUGGCCAAAAGUGCCGAAAAGGAAAUGGCUGAGAACGAACCGGACGAGCUGUGCCCGUCGAUGUAUUCCUUCCACAGUAGCGUGGACGAGAAGAACCGGCUCCUGUCGACGUUAGCCCAGUGCGGAAUCGAGACCACCGUGGAUCGAGUGGCAAAAAAGAAUCGCAUUCGCGACUGGAUCCAGUCGUCGGUGAUCAUGGAAGAGGAGGAAGAGGAUGAUUCGGGAUCUGCUACGCCGACGUCGACGGCGUCUCGGACGGCCGUUCCUGGGCAUGUUUCGUCGGUGGCGGCUAUGGAGAAAGCCGAAAAGAAGAUCCAUUCCACGGUCAAGGAUGCGUCGCAAAAACACUUCGAUCCCAGGACUGGCACCGUUCAGCUGAGUCCCAGCGAGAUGGGCUCCAAAAACGUUCACAAAGCAGAAAAUGGAAGAAGUGAUGGGAAUAAUAAUAAUAAAGCUGGCAAUAAAUCCACAAGCAACGGAAAUCAGUUCAAUUCAGCAAGGUUCUACGACGAAACGGUUCCGAUCAAUCCGCUAACCCCGAGUAACAGCGCAUCAACGACCCACGGUCUCAUGAAAGCCUUGAACUCGGUAGCAGCCAUCACAGUACCGGAGAUCAACGGACGAAAUAAGCCCAUAUCUUCAAAGUACGAGGAGUCAGCCGUGCGGGACAGUGGAUACGGAGGAUCGGUCGACAGCCAGCAGCGAAAGCCUCCUGGUGGAAUGAUCAAGCGAUCGCCGGUUCUUUCCAAACGAUCGGCAAUGAUCAAAUCAAACAACAACACCCAUGAAGAGGACCAAGAACUGGAAGAGGAGGAUCGCGAACUAUCCAAUGAUUUCGACGAGCUGGAAAUGGAUCGCGGUUCCUACGAGGGUCUCAAUGAUUCCAACGUACGACAAACGGCCAAGGAUAGCCCAUACGAUAGGUUCUUUUUCCGAAGAAAGUGAAUCGGUGUGAUUUUCUCUAGACGUAAGAGUUUUAAACAGUUACUCGCGCGCACCAUGUGAAUGCACCUCGUUCCGUUUUAUCUAUCACCGAAAAGAAGACAUUUUUUAUUGGUAGUGUUGUCGAGUUUUUCCGAGAUUGCCCGCACUAAAGAUGUUCUUUCGUAAGUUUAUUUGACUUUAAAAUAGAAUUUCACGAGCACUCUGUUCCACACAGAAUUUGUACUGACUUAUUUAGCUAUUGGUAGAUAGGCAUUAUACACACCGAUUAUGAUAAAGAAAAAAUAUUGCUCGUUUUUUUUUUUUUGGUAACAGAGAUAGAGGUGGUAGGUAGCGAAGCCAAUCAUGAUCCACCGCAAAAAAAUGCAGGUGAAAUGGCAGAUAAUAACUGCAAGAUGGCGGAUUACGAUAACGUCCGACGCGGGGGUUAUCUGCGUCAGGCUUCCAAUUAUGAUAAUUGUACUAUGGCACUUAACUCAAAUGAUGGCAAUAAAUUACCUGGACAGAACAG